AUGUCAUCUCCACUUUCCAUUCCAUCGAUUGAUGAAGUUUAUGCAGCGCAAACACGUUUAAGUGAUAUUGUACAGCGUACUCCUCUGUUGAAAUUAAAUUAUGAAAUUUCUGGCAUUGAAAUCUAUUUAAAAUGUGAACAAUUUCAACCAAUAUCAUCAUUUAAACUACGUGGUGCUGCAAACGCUGUUAAAGUUUUAUCUGCUGAAAAGAAACAAAAUGGAAUAGCCACAGCAUCAGCCGGUAACAUGGCACAAGGUUUAGCUUGGAUUGCUAGAAAGGAAAAUUUAAAAUGUCAAGUUUUAGUACCUGAUACAGCUAACGAAGUAAAAUUAAAAGCAAUCGAGAGGUUAGGAGGGAAAAUUAUUAAAUGUAGUUUUGAUGAAUGGUUUCAAGUUAUUGUUACUCAUCAAUGUCCAAUGCUCGAUGGCCAUUUUAUUCAUCCAGUAUGCGAUCGAAAUGUGAUGGCGGGUAAUGGUACUAUUGCGUUGGAAAUAUUAGAUGAGUUACCUGAAUGUGAUGCAAUAAUAGUACCUUAUGGUGGUGGUGCUUUAACUACUGGUAUUGCUUCUGUGGCUAAACACUUGAAACCAUCAAUUGAUGUUUUUGCUUGUGAAAUCGAAACAGCUGCUCCACUCGCUGCGGCAUUUAUUAAUAGUAAAAUAACUGAAAUUCCAAUGAAAAAAUCUUGGGUUGACGGCAUCGGUAGUUCACGUGUAUUAGACGAGAUGUGGCCAUUGGUUACAAGUUGUGUUGAUAAUUCUAUUGUUGUUACAUUAAAAGAAGCAGCUGACGCAUUAAAGAUAUUAAUAGAAAGAAAUCAUAUAAUCUGUGAAGGUGCGAGUGCAACCGCAUUGGCUGCUGGAUUAUGGCAUUAUAUGAAUUAUGUACAAAAUGGUAAAGCUGGAUUGAGGCGACAAGAUAAAAGUGAACCAUUUAAAGUUGUAGCGAUUUUAAGCGGAGGUGGAAUUGAUAAUGAAACAAUUAUUAAAUGUUUAAAAGAAACUUUAUAA